AUGUGGCGCCCUGUCAUCCCGCAGCUACCGGCGCUCACUCGCACCAUCACGCGCAGCUCCCAGACGUGCAUCCCCGCGGUCGCUUCGCUCUCCUCUCGCUCGUGCAACAGCAGCAGUAAAAGCCGCUUUACAGCUGCCGCGUCUCGCUUAUCCCCGACGCUGUCGCACGGUCGGGCGCUCUCGUCCCGCACCAUGAACGACUACGCGCUGAAGUUAGCGCAGGUCCUGGCGCCCGAGACGACGGUCCAAGAGCUCCAGGAGCUCUACUGCACACCCGGCGUGCAGCCCACGACUGUGAUCAAAAUUGGAGGCGACGUGAUCAUCCACGAGCUCGAGACGCUGCUGGAGUCGCUGCAAUUCAUGCGAGAGACGGGGCUGUUCCCGAUCCUCGUGCACGGCGCAGGACCACAGAUGAACGACGAGUUGGAGCGACAGGGCGUUGAGCCGCAGUACGUGGGUGGCAACCGCGUGACGGACCUCAAGACGCUCGAGAUCGCUCGGAAGAUCUUUCUGGAGACGAACGAGACGCUCGUGGGUGCACUGAAUGGUGCGGGCGUGAACGCCCGAGGCAUCACGAGUGGCGUGCUGCAAGCGGAGUUCAAGGACAAGGAUGUGUACGGCUUUGUCGGGGAAGUGCACAACGUUUGCGCCGAUGCGGUGCAACAGGCGAUCAAUGAUGGCUACAUUCCAGUGCUGUCGUGUCUUGGAGAGACUGCGGACGGCCAGACGCUGAAUAUUAACGCGGACGUAGCAGCUCGACAGCUGGCGUUGGCGAUGCAGCCGCUGAAGACCAUCUUUGUGAAUGCCAAAGGAGGCUGGGUCGAACCCGAUGGUGUGAAGCUCAAGACGAUCAAUAUGGCGAAGGACUAUGACCGCAUGGCUGCUCGGGACUAUACUGGUCGCCAAGGCACGCUCUUGAAGCUGAACGAGAUCAACGCACUCCUGCAGGGCUUGCCAUCGACCUCAUCCGUGGUCCUCACGUCAGCAUCACAGCUCAUGCGUGAGAUCGUGAGCAAGAAGAGUGCAGGAACAACGUGCGUUAAAGGCGAGAAACCUGCUGCUGCUGCUGCUACAAAGACGAGUGCCAAGGCGCUGGCGAUUCCACGCGGUCCUAACGGAAAGUAUCGCAUCGGUCUUCUUGGUGCACGCGGAUACGUGGGUGGCGAGCUUAUUCGCGUGAUUGGCCGCCAUCCAGAGCUGGAGCUAGUGUGUGCCAGUUCUCGAGCUCUGGCUGGUGAGAAGAUUGUGAAGGUUGCUGCUGCCCCACCCUUGAAUCCGCAUACUAAGCUACCAGCCAAGCCAGUUGAGGAUGUGAAGCUGAAUAUUCAUCCGGACUUGGAAUUCUGCGAGCUUGGACUGGACGAUAUUGCAACGUCGCCAUUUGGAGAGAGUGUAGACGUGUGGGUGCUAGCAUUGCCCAACGGCUAUUGCGAAGACUACGCGACGGCAUUGGACGCACUGCACCGGAAGAACAAGGUCAUCAUUGAUUUAAGUGCUGACCAGCGUUUCAACUCGGACUGGACCUAUGGCCUGCCGGAGGCUCCAGGUGGGCGAAUGCGUUUACAGGGUGCCACCCAUAUCGCGAAUCCUGGCUGCUACGCUACUGGCGUGCAGCUUGGUCUGAUGCCGCUUCUUGGGGGUAAGCCAGAAGUGAGUGGAAAUCUGCUCGACAAGAGUGUUCCACCGCAUGCAUUUGGGGUUUCGGGCUACAGUGGUGCUGGCACGAAUCCCUCCAAGGCCAACGAUCUGGAUGUGCUCAAUGACAACAUCAUUGCGUACAAGUCUGUGCAGCAUAUCCACGAGCACGAAGUCAGCCACCAGCUUGGCACGCCCGUUCGGUUCAUGCCUCACGUGGCGCCGUACUUCCAAGGCAUUCACCUCACAUUGUCCGCCCAGCUAGCUGACAAUGGGAUCAUCACGUCAGCAAAACAGGCAGAGGAACUCUACCAUGAGUUUUUCGCCAAUGAGGCUCUGGUGAAAGUUACGCCGGACAUUCCGUUGGUCAAGGACAACGCAUUCCAUGCGCACGCGACUGUAGGUGGCUUCCAAUUGGACCAAGACACGGGUCGACUCGUGGUAGUCGUCACCAUUGAUAAUCUUCUCAAGGGGGCAGCUACACAGGCAGUACAGAACAUCAACGUCGCACUUGGAAUCGACGAGUAUGUUGGCAUCGACCUUGAGUAA